AUGAUAAUUUCAUAUGAUUCAGAUGGAAAUGAAUUUGAAGGAUUUGAAGAUUUCGAUCCAUCAAAGCCACUUACCAGUCAAGAAGUGUUUACUCCCAUUGAUAAUUCAAAUAAAAACGAAUUUGCCCUACCAUUGCCAAAAAAUAGAGUUAAAAUGCCAGCUCCUCCCGAACCAGUCAAAGUAAUUCAACCAACACUUGGAACAGAAGUUCAAAGUCAAUAUACAAAAACAGAUGAAAUCAUUGAAGUAAAUGCCGAAAUUUAUCAUCAAAUGAACCAACAACUUGCAACAGAAAACAUGAUUAUCCGAGAUAAAAGUGUUUUUAAUGGUGUUGGUAGACAAAGAUACAAAUCUCAACUUACUUAUCUUUCCGCAAUAGAUAUUGCUUCCCGAGGAGAGGCUGAAGCAAUGGCAAAGCAUAUUACACGCGCCAGAGUUAAUUCUAGGCAAAUGUAUGGUUGGUAA